GUAUAAAAAAGUGCCUGUCUUUCAUACGUAUUGUUUGUGUGUCAAGAUGUCAACACGGGAUACAAUGGAUGUGGGACUGGACCGCGAGAAAACCGAGAAAUCCAAAAUAAACAGUCAAAUUAAACAUGUUCCUAAAGACGCACAAGUGAUUAUGUCGAUAUUAAAAGAAUCUGGCAUCAAUGAAUAUGAGCCACGAGUAAUAAAUCAAUUGCUGGAAUUCACGUACAGAUAUGUGACCUGCAUUCUAGAUGAUGCCAAGGUGUUUGCCAACCACGCAAGGAAAAAAGUGAUUGACUUAGAAGACGUCAAGCUUGCCUCGGAAGUGGUUUUAGACAAGGCUUUCACGACUCCGCCACCACGCCACGUGUUAGCUAAGCUAGCUGACGUGCGAAAUUCGAUGCCGUUGCCGCCAAUAAAACCGCAUUGUGGACUACGUUUGCCGCCAGACCGAUACUGUCUUUCCGCUUGCAAUUAUAAACUGCGUGCCGCCUCUCAACCAAAGAAAAUGAUGAAAUCAGCUCUAGAAUCCAGGUCUACGCUAAAAACUCAGAUCAAAUCGCAACAAGCGCAGCAUGCUAAACGGCAGCUCAUGGCUCAAGCGAAACCUUCCCUGGUCACAAUUCCAAAGCCAGUCUUCAAGUUCAGCUCCACCAAAACAGUUACCACUGCAAACACUAAGGCUACUGUGGCUGCAGGCUCAAGUGGCGAAGCAAAAAUGGAGGUAGACGACGACAACACUCUAAACGGAGGGUCCAAGAAGCGGGAGCGCGAAGACGACGAAUUCGAAAUUGUCAGAUAGAACUAAUCGGUAUAAGACAAAUUUAUUUUCUUUAAUAAAAGUUUUGUGAGAAAUGCA